CAAUUGAUAAAACAGUGAAAAAUGUUCUGAUCCAAUAAUAAAAACCUUAAUUAUUUCGAAAGCUACCGAUCAUGUGUAGAAGAUAAAUAGAUAAAGACAUGACAGGAAAGAAAUUGAAGAAAAUCCCUUCUCAUUUGUUGCUUCCGUUCGUUUUCUGAUCCUUUUUUUCAGAUCCAAUCUUACAUGAAAGUAUAGGAAACAGUGAAAGGAAAUGGGGAAGACAAGCAAGUGGAUAAGGAAUUUCUUGACAGGAAAGAAAGAUAAAGAAAAAGAGAAGGACAAUGCAAAAAAUCCACAGAUUUCUACUGGAAAUCAGCAGCCUCCAACAACUCCGAUUACGAUACUGCCGACGACCCCAAAAGAGAAGAGGAGAUGGAGUUUUCGUCGGUCGUCAGCCGCUGCCGUACCGGGACAGCAGGAAUUGAAUUCUGGAAAGAGUGUUACUACCACAACGUCUACACAUGCAGCGGCAUUGGAAUUCGAAAGUGAUGCCGCAAAACAUGCCUUGGCUGUAGCGGUGGCCACGGCGGCAGCUGCGGCUGCAGCGAUGAUCCAGCUAACGAGUGUUGCCUCUGCGAGAGCCUCUGCUGUUGAAGAGGCUGCUGCAAUCAAGGUUCAGUCUGUUUUUCGUGGGUACUUGGCAAGAAAAGCUUUGAAUGCACUUAAAGGAUUAGUGAAGUUGCAGGCAUUGGUUAGAGGGCAUUUGGUAAGAAAACAGGCCACUGCUACACUUAGGUGUAUGCAGGCAUUGGUGACUGUUCAAGAAAGAGCACGAGCCCAAAGAAUCCGAAUGGCUGAAGAGACAACACAAUUGAACAAUCAAAGGCAAUUCAAUCAUAGAAAAUCAACACAAGAGAGUAGAUUUAGGCUCUCAAAUCAAGAUUUUGAAGAGAACAUCAAGAUAGUGGAAAUGGAUCUUGGAGACUCAAGGCCAAGUACAAAAUGUAGAAACAGCUAUUCAAACUAUGGACAACUCGUGAAAAAUGAGCACAAAAUUUCCUUGAAUAACGCAUGCACAAAACCCGAACAUCAAGAGAUCUCACCAGCACCCUCAACCAUAACGGAUAUGAGCCAAAAAGGGUGUAGUGGCCAUUUCGAUGAAUACUCAUUCAAUACAGCGCAGAGUAGCCCUCAGUGUUACUCGGCCUUCUCCAAACCCGAUACGUCAAGAAACCCGUCUCCUUGUCCUCGAUCAGAAUAUGCAGAAUCUCUUUACAAUGAGAACCCAUUUUACCCAAACUAUAUGGCCAAUACAGAGUCCUCAAGGCUUAAAGUGCGUUCCCAUAGUACGCCCAAGCAACGCCCUAUUGAAUCCUUCGAGAGGCAACCAAGCAGGCGCAGACUGUCUCUCGAGGGAAGGAAUGUCCCCCGGGCGGUCCGAAUGCAACGAUCAACGUCUCACAUUGGUUCGACCGCUCAGAAUUAUCAUUAUCCUUGGUCAGUCAAGCUUGAUAGAUCAGCAGUGUCGCUCAAGGAUAGUGAGUGUGGAUCAACUAGCACUGUGCUUACUAACACCAAUUACUGCAGAUAGGAUUCGAGGUUCAAGGAAAUAGGUAACAAGUACUAAUUUCUUGUUGUUCAACCAAAGUGUGUUUCUGAACUCGAUAGACAAAUGAAAAAGUUCACUAGCAAUGGAUCAGAUUCCGAGCAAGUACUUCAAUAUUUUUCGUUUCUUUGUGUAAGGUGCGCCUUUUUUUUUUUUUUUUUUCCAGGGGAGCAUUGUUUUGACUUUUGAAGCUCUCUUUAUGUAGAGUUGUGUUGAUUCUGAACUUUAGUUGUGCUUUUAAAGACAGAUUUUUAAUAAAACUUUAAUAGAGUAUUUGAUUGUCA